GAACCAAGCUUCAACUUCAGCUUCAAACGAUGUUGUCCAAACCAAUGAUACCUCAUCAGCUCCAACGAUGAUCCCAGUCCGAUUAGUCACUAAAUCAAAACAAUAUGCAAUUCCGAAUGCAAAAUACAUGGUACCAUCAGAUUGGAAACGAUUUCAACUUAGUGAACUUAUCAAUAAAGUUUUAGAGCACUCUCAGCCUAUUCCAUUCGAUUUUGUAAUCGAGGACCAAUUGCUACGGACAUCUGUUAAGACCUUUAUUGAUUCUCGUGGACUCUCAACUGAAAGUAUCUUGGAAAUCGAAUACCUAGAGAGUGUCUUACCGCCAAAAUAUGUCAAUAGUUUUCAACAUGAUGAUUGGAUUUCUCACCUUGAUGUCUCUCGGACAGGUACAUUCUUGACCGCAUGUUAUGAUGCCAACCUACGACUGUUCUCUUCGAAUGAUUCUUCCAAACCCUUCCUCACCAUCCCUGGUCACGAUCAGCCAAUUUUAUCUACCACUUGGAUCCCUAAUUACCACCAGGCGGGCCAGAACCAAAAGUCGGAUUAUCUAGCGAGUGGUGGGAUGGACCGAGUCAUCCGAGUUUGGAGGCUAGAUUCGAACCCAGCGCAUGAUGAUCAGAUACUCGAUCUAGAAGGUUCACAGACAGCCACUACGACUCAUGUCCUUGCCCUGCACAAAUCCCCUGUCUCGACAAUCAAGGCUAGCUCUCAUGCUACUCAAGCUGGUCGCUUAAUCACAGGUGAUUGGGAUGGAAUCAUCGGCUUAUGGGACUUAGGAAGUCAAGAGCAUGAUAAAGUGGUCGACUUUGAUCAAGAAGAACUAGAACGGGCUGCUGCUGGUGAAGAAACACGGAUUAGCAAGAAGCGUAAGAAACGUGAUGGUACUAAUACCCGGAUGAUCGCAAAGCAGCCCAUCCAGGUUAUCAACGUUCAUCAAGCUAAGGUUGCAAGAGCGCUCUUCUCACAUUUCGAUCAUAAUAAGGCUUUUAGUGCCUCGCACGAUCACUCUGUUAAACGACUUGAUCUCGAAACGGGUGUUGAGGACUGGUGUAAAGUUGCAGGACCUGAAAAAUGUUUGUUGGAUAUCGAUGAAUGUAAAGGACGUGAGGGUUUGUUAGUCACAGGAGGGAUGGACAGGACAGUAUGUUUCUGGGAUGUGAGAGAAGAAUCUCAAAAUGUCUCACUCACUCUUUACGGACAUCAAGCACCAGUUUCAUCAAUUUCAUCAAAUCCUUCAAAUACACAUUCAUUACAAAUCUUAUCAGGUUCAUUUGAUGGAACUUGUAAAAUUUGGGAUACAAGAUCAAUAAAAGAAUCAUUAUAUACCAUCCAAAAACCUAAUGUGGGUGGAGAACAGAAAUUGAAGAAGAAAAUCUUAAGUGUUGGUUGGAAUUCAGACGGAAAUUUAUUAGGAUUUGGUGGAGAAGAUUGUGAAUUAUCUAUCAGUUCAGUUAAUUGAUAUGGGGCUUUGGGAUCAAUCUGAGGUUGAAAUUUGCAUGAAUUUCAUUACUUGGGAGAGAUUUUAGAGGGAUGAACAGCAAUAGCCCUUGUAAUGUAUUGCAAUGAUUUGAUUGUGAACUAAGUAAACCAGGAAUUGAGGUAUUUUUUGCGAC